CUGGUUCCAGAAAGUGCCCGAUGGUUGGUAACUCAGCGACGUUAUGAAGAGGCUGACAAAAUUCUUCAGCGCGCCGCGAAAGUAAAUGGAGAAACUCUGCCCGAUAAAUGGUGGGAGCAACUCGACUCAGAGAAGGAAUCAUCGCGCGUGAAUAACACAAAAAGAUACCACCUAUGGGACCUGUUCAGAACGCCAGUGUUAAGAAAAAGAGCACUCGUGGCAUUUUUCUUAUGGCCUGUUGUCUCCAUGGUGUAUUACGGUAUGGCCUUGAAACCGAAUGCGCUCGGUGGAGAUAUUUACAUCAAUUUCAUCUUCGCAGCUCUUGUCGAGAUACCUGGACUGCUCGUUGUGUGUUUGCUGAUUGAUAGAGUUGGUCGUCGCGUAGUUGUCAGUGGCGGAUAUUUUCUAGCUGGAUUCUGUUUGUUGCUGAAUCAUUUUAUGGGUGAUAGCGCGACACCAGUGAUAGCAAUCGUGCAAAUGAUGGUCGCAAAAGGUGCUAUUACUGGUGUAUACAGUGCCAUUUAUACAUACUCGCCGGAACUAUUCCCAACUGUGAUUCGGAACACUGCGAUGGGUUGCUGUAGUAUGAUCGCUCGUGUUGGAGCUAUUUCAGCUAGCUACAUCAGCUUGUGGAUUGUUGAGGCAUUCGGAAAAGUUUAUAUGGUUAUGCCCUUUGCAAUAUUGGCAAUAUCUGCUGGCAUUUUGACUCUGUGUUUCUUACCUGAGACGAUGGGUCAACCAUUAUGUGAAACAAUUCGGGAAGUGGAAGGGGACGAGGAUGAAGAUGUUGAGUCGCAGGAGCUGCAGCCGCUUCAAACAAAGGAGUCGGCUGAUACUGAACAGACCAACCGUAGUGAAACUGCUAGUUAA